UGAGCGGAAGAAACGACGUUGGACAAGAAACCACAACCACGACACGCACAACCACAGCCACAACCACAAGCGCAACUUCUACCAGUUCUACAACAACAGCCGAAGCUAGGAGGACAUCAGGAUCCAGACCUACAACUUCAAGUGCUUCAACAUCAACAUCAUCUACCUGUAAACCAGUGAAGUGUAGAGUGACUUCGUACAGCAUUCGUCUGCC